AAGGAGUCACACAAGCUAAAAAAAGAUCUCAGUGAACUGAUAAAGUCUGACUCGGACGAAAUGAAGGAGGGCGCCCGUCGAUUGGAAAAAAUUCGUAAGCCUCUCUUGCGGGAAGAAACCCACACAACUAAGGGUAGCAUCUGCGUGUUGUCACCUUACGGUCUGCGGCAUCGUAAGUACUUCAAAGAUGUCAAUAUGUUCUGGAAUCAAGUCGAGAGACGUCAUAGCGAGGCGGAGGCUUCUAGCUCCAUAGUGCGUGAUACAACAAAAGUUUUUAAAAAUUCAAUUGAAAAUGUCAAUGACUCCAUUAACAAUGUUAAUAACACAGUGCUCAAAUAUAAUAAAGAGAAUCGUGUUCCUAGCUUAGGGAAAAGAAGAAAUUUGGAUGAUCGCGAAGAAGGACAAAUUCAAAUAAAGAGACAACACAAAGAUGAUCAUACUACGCCACGAGCCCGCUCUGUAUCAGUCGAAGUCAAGUAUUCUCCUCAGCCCAUGUUAAUAGAAUCACCAGAAGAAUCCAAUACUCUUUCGGGUACUGAUAUUGUGUCCAAUUGUCCAGCAAUAAUUAAUGAUGUUGUAGGACUAGAAUUGGGACCAUUACCUCAAAAAGAAUCCAGAUGGUUCGUGGAUGACACAGAUGUCUCUGAAAAAUGGCAUCGUUUUAAGGAAAAAUCGCUGGAAUUAGUGAAUAGAGAAGGCCUUUUUGUGGAAAGCCACAUACAGCAGAUAUUAGCCUUAUCACACAUUCUUUUAUUGAAGCUCAAACAACAUUCUCCGUUAAUGGUGGAGGUAUUCGGUGAUGAGUUACUAGAAAUGAUGCACAAGGAUAUCAUACAGAGACUUAUCAAGCAAGAAAUAGAGUUUGGUUGUGAAAUGUUGAUGGAGCUUAUUCGCAUUGUUAAGCGCCUACAACGGAAGGAAAUCACAAGAGACGAUGCAGUUUUGAAAGUGCAAAGUUUUGCAGUUGGCCGUUCUUAUGGAGAACGCGCAAUCUUGAAGGUUAUAAGAAACAUUAUUAAAAGAGUCCCAAGAGUCACAUUAAAAAGCCCCGUUGGAGAAGUAGAACUCUGCGUUACUUAUAUUGAUCCAAUUCUCAGCCCACUUUUUACGGAUCCUGAUCGUGAUAUAUUCUUGCGAUGGCCAAACAAUGAGACCACAGAGUCUAAGGCUAGGAAGCCAGUAGGCAGAGCCAAACAACCAGAUGCUAUCAUUAGCGAAAUCGAUCAACUGUCUUGGAGUUCAAGUAAAAGACACGCUGUGUUUAACAAAGAUGCGAUUGACUUCUAUAAUAUGAAUUAUGUGCUUGGAUUUCAAGUUGUUGUGCCUAUGUCACUUGAACAGGUUCCUGCUUUUCUCACCAGCCUUGAUACACUUCUCAUCAUAUCCAAUGCAUUUUGGUCCAAUUGUAUUGUAUCUACUGAAAAACAAGAACAAAACAGACGUAAUACUCUUGCAACACCAAGCUUUAAGGAAAUGGUUUCAGAGAGCAGGAAUCGUCAUCGAUCUUGUUAA